CCAGGCCGGCCGGUGGCCCCGGGGCCGCUCCCACUGCCCUGGAAGCUGCCUGGGAGCGGCGGGAAUUGUAGAUUUUUCUUCCCGGCAGGGAUCAGGGCGGUGUCUGCUGUGGUGGGCAGCGUUGCCCCCGGCGCUGCUUUGUGCGAGCGGGCAGGAACAGGCCAGGAGAAAGUUUUUUGGGGGAAGAAGGAAAAAGGUAAAUAUUUCUAUAAUAAUAAAUGUAUUUUUGAUAGAUAGAAAAAAAUAUAUUCACCCGUUACGUCCGUGCUCCGGAGCUGCUGCACCGUGCCGCCAGCUGCCCUGAGACCUUUCUCCCGGCAGCCUGGGAUUUGCUGGCUCUGAUUCCUCUUUCCCUCCCUCCCUGUAAAAGGGAACGUGGUGGGAACCUCCCGCGGUGCCGCGGCUGCACCCGCAGCCCCGGGGCUGCGCCCCCGACGUGCCACCGGGUGCCAGAGGGGUGAGGGGCUCCGUGGCGCCGUGGGGGACGGGCGCCGGCGGGUUUUCGCACCUCGCACUGGGAAGCACCCCCGGACAUGGGCGGGUGGCGGGUCUCAACCUUCCAAGUUGCUUUUCCACCCAACAGACAGUUGGGGUCUCUUGGCCGUGGCUAGUUGGACACCACGUCCAGCUGCUCCGCCAGCAAGGGGAGGGUUGCUCCAAGCAACAGGGACCUUCACCUCCUAAUGUGGCGAAGACAAAAACCUUGUGUGGGAGACAGAGAAAGGGUGUCCGGGUGCUGUUUUAUUGUAUGCUGAGGGCUGUUGUAAUGAGUCCUGAAGGCGCUGGGUGACUCUGCCAGUCUGGCACCAGCUGUUACGGCACUGGGGUUAUCUCCUUCCCUUUCUGCGGGUUGUCAUUGCAGUUCUUGCUCUGGUAGCACCUGCGGGUCCUGGGGGAGUGGGACCCACCACGCUCAGGACUCAGACACCGAAGCAGAAACGCUGCCGUCCCCAGGGAACGCGUUUCCGUGCAGGGUUGGGCAGAAGACGGAGGGGUGAGAGGUACCAGCAUCCUGUUUGGUUGGUGUCGGAGGUGGGAACUGCCCAAGGGCCAACUUGUGGACCUUCUCUCGCACCUAUAACGUGGCAGACUUAGACCUGGGUAAGCCUUUGAGGAAGACACAUGCUUUUUUGAACCCUCUGGUUAGGGUCUCGGCUGCGGAAGCCAUCUCUCCCCCAGAACCACCGUGGCGCUGCCUUUAGACGUCUCAUGGCCAAGCCCCCACCGCGCUCAGGGCUCGACGCGUUCAUGCCGUUAUCAGGGCGGGGAGAGCGUGGAGACACGACCACAUCUGUCACGUGUGACCCAAACCCUGCCAGUUCAAGGUGGGUGGUGGUGGCAGGAGACCUGCAGCCCCCUUGUGCCUCCCUGGUGAGCGCGCACGUGGCUGGUGGACGGGCUGAGAUCUCCGCCCUGGAUUUUUUAUGGAAACAUCCAGCCUAGGACAGAGCAGACUCCCCUGCUUCAUUUUUGUGCUGCAGGACCUAGAGAAGUCAUGUGCUUCCAGGCUCAAAUGGUCUCGAAAGACCUUUCUGAUCAGCUCAUAGGACUUUCCUCCUCGCUCUAGUUGACCCAGGACACAUCUUUUAGGGAAACCAGACAGCUCAGCGCCAUGGCGAGCGCACUCCUGCCAGGGGGACGGAGCUCCAGGGUGGGUCUCUGCAUGGCCCGCUGGCACCAUCUCCACCGAGUCUGCCCAGGGAUCACGUCCUACCCCUGCCCACUCUGCUGCGCAGCCCCCGGCUCUUACCGGUCCCUCUCCUGCGGCAGAGACGGAGCAAAGCAGAAUCUCCAGAUCCAGAAAAACACGAGAGGUUUUGUCCCGAGAUCCCUCCGGCCGGUCACUUCCCUCGUGGCAGGGUGGACACUCGACCUGGCCGCUGCACUUGGUUGGAUACCCAGUGCAGAGACGCCGUCUUCAAACAUUUAUAUGCCUGCAGAUGGUGCUUAUCCUCACACCUCCGGCGCUGGGCCGUUCCCUGCGUGCCGCGUCUCCCAGGGCUUUCAGAGGCGCCUCCUCCCCGUCCCUCUGAGAGUCACCGUCCUUGUCUGGCGCAUGCAUGAGCUCUUUGGGGACAUCCCAACGCGCGCUGUCGUCUCUCUGUCUGCAUCCAGGCUUGGCCUAACUGGUCCAGCAUGUGUGGCCCUGGAUCCCACAGCCCCCAGGCAGCCGCCAGGAGCCAUGAGCUCUUCCCGGGAUGCCUCUGGGGCCACGGGAGGCUUCUCCCUCCCCGCCAUGCCCCCCCCAGCUGUCCCUCAGAGUCACACGUCUGGGAAUUGGCCUUUCCCUCUGUUCCUAGGGAACGGGUCUCCUUGCUCUCACUUCCUUCUUCCCCCCCCCAGUCUGGGGGGAGCUGGAGGGGGCUGUUUCCUCCCACAGCCAAACAGAAUAUUGCGCCCAGGGCUACCUUACCUCCUCGUAGGUGCUGGAGAUGUGGCGCCCACUGGGGAUGGGCCAGCGUGGUCCUCCCUGCCCUUCCUCCAGGCCGGACAAGGGAUCCUUGCCAUGUCACAGGCACGCGCCGGCUCACCCAGUAACUUGGACGAGGUAGAGAAACCCUUCUUUAGAGAAGGAAACGAAGCCAAAGCAGACUUUUGGCAAAACACUUGCUGUGGUGGCUGGUGGGGCAUUGUGGAUGGAACCGGAGCAAAAGAUGAGCAGGGAACUGGCAGUAACGCGUAAUCGAGGGGAGAUGGAGGAGG